AUGGCGCUCUCGAGAUUCAGGUUGCGGUUCCCGCGUCCAAAGACGUUCCUGGGCUGCAUCAGCCUCCAGACGGGCACUGAGGUCAUCUCCUUGAUUCUCCUCUUCAACAGGCUCACCGGCCUUUACGGUCUGCUCGCCAUCCUCACGGGCUACGAGCUGUCAGUGACGCAGCUGUCCAUGUAUCUCUAUUCGCUCGGCGUGGUUGUGCUCCUGGCCAUGUUCUUCCCCCACAUCCGCAAGCAGAGCCCCUUCGAGAACCUCGGCCUUGCAUGGCUCUACAUCAUCGACACGAUUCUCAACGCCGCCUACACCACCUUCUUCGCCGUCAACUGGUACCUCAACAGCACCGCCCUCGACAAGCACCCGGGGAGCGCCAGCACCCCCGCAGGCGCCGAGAUCGCCGAGACGGCCCUUGCCAACGGCGCGCCCGUCGUCCCUGACGUGCCCAAGACGACGAAGCACAUUGGCCCGCAGGAAUCGUGGAUGAGCUUGGGGCUCAUCUGCUUCGUAACCCUCGUGCGUGUCUACUUUGCGCUGGUGGUCAUGUCCUACGUGCAGCAGGUGUUGCAGCGGUACACCGAGACGGGUUGGGAGGAGGAAGGCCGCAAGAAGGGCCCCGAUGGUCCCUUUUCACAGGGCGAGCCUGGCGGCGAGGGAUCCCGCGGCCGCCUGGGUCGCGUGAUGCUCGCGCUCGGUCGUGGGUACUGGAUGAGCGAGAGGCCGCAGGAGGAGUGGGCGAGCGCGGCGAGCGCCAAGUUCCGGCACGCCGGGGUUUAA